UGCAUUUAAACCCCCUUCAUUCACCCUCUCCCUCACUUCAAACAGAGUUUCACUCCUGCGAGCUGUGGAGCAGCACAUCUUCAUUUUUCAAAAAGUGAUAUUCUUCAAACUCAAAGUGUCCAUUAAGAAGUCGCCACUACAUUCGUCAGGGGACUGAGAAUUAAAAACGGGGACCAGCCGCCUUGUAAACCGUAAAUCGCAUAAUCCAUCACCGUCCUGACAGAAGAUCACUUUUCACAAGCAUCUGUGAAAGCCUGUCUGUUUUCUUUUCAAACUCCAUCCAGGUUUUGAUCUGCUGUACAGCAAACGCGUCUCUGACACUCUCCUGUGAAUGAGCAUUGCACGUAUAAAAGCAAGAGUCCAUCAUGAGCAAUUACACACAUUUAGAGGAUCUGCCGCCGCAAUACUACCAGGGCACAGACUUCGGGGAAGAGGAAGAGGAGGAGAUGCCAGCGACAGAGAAGGAGCUGGCCGAGGACGCGCCGUGGAAGAAGAUCCAGCAGAACACCUUCACCAGAUGGUGCAACGAACAUCUCAAAUGCGUCAAUAAGAGCCUCACUGACCUCCAGAGAGACCUGAGCGAUGGCCUCAAGCUCAUCUCGCUCCUGGAGGUCCUCAGUCAGAAGAAAAUGUACAGAAAGCAUCAUGUCAGACCAAACUUCAGACAGAUGAAGCUGGAGAACGUGUCGGUGGCGCUGGAGUUUCUGGACCGGGAGCGAAUCAAACUAGUGUCCAUAGACAGCAAAGCUAUUGUAGAUGGGAACCUGAAGCUGAUUCUGGGUCUCAUCUGGACACUCAUUCUCCAUUACUCCAUCUCCAUGCCUAUGUGGGACGAUGAGGACGAUGAAGAGGUUAAGAAGCUCACUCCCAAACAAAGGCUGCUGGGCUGGAUUCAGAACAAGGUACCGGAGCUGCCUAUUAACAACUUUCACAAGGACUGGAGGGAUGGCAAGGCCCUCGGUGCCCUCGUGGAUAACUGUGCCCCUGGCCUGUGCCCUGACUGGCAAACAUGGGACCACAACAAGCCCGUUGCAAAUGCUCGUGAGGCCAUGCAGCAGGCCGAUGACUGGCUCGGCGUGCCUCAGGUGAUAGCUCCAGAGGAAAUUGUGGAUCCAGAUGUGGAUGAGCAUUCAGUGAUGACGUACCUCUCUCAGUUUCCCAAAGCUAAACUAAAGUCUGGAGCCCCUCUCAAGCCAAAGCAGCUGUACCCCAAAAAGGCCAAGGCCUAUGGACCAGGUAUUGAGCCUCAGGGGAACAUGGUUUUGAAUCCAGCUGUUUUUACUGUGGAAACACUGGAGGCAGGACUUGGAGAAGUGAUCGUGUAUGUAGAGGACCCAGAGGGUCACACUGAGGAGGCUAAAGUUGUCCCCAACAAUGACAAGAAAAGAACAUUCUCUGUCACCUAUGUGUCCAAAGUUGAGGGGCCCCACAAGGUGAAAGUACUCUUUGCUGGUCAGGACAUUGAUAAGAGCCCCUUCAUGGUGAACGUGGCAAAGGCUCUGGGUGAUCCCAAAAAAGUUCAGGCUCGAGGUCCAGGUCUGGAUCCAGUGGGCAAUGUGGCCAAUAAGCCUACUUAUUUUGACAUCUACACUGCAGGUGCUGGGGCUGGAGAUGUUAGUGUGGUCAUCGUUGACCCUCAGAAUAAAAACAACACUGUGGAAGUUCUUCUGGAAAACAAGGGUGAUAACAUCUUCCGUUGCACCUACAAACCUCUGCAAGAAGGGCCGCACACCAUCCAUGUGAGCUUUGCUGGGCAGCCAAUACCCAACAGCCCCUUUAAAGUGCAAGUCUCUGAGGCACACCUUAAACCUUCUGGGGCUCCGAAGCAGGUACUCGCUCUUACAAAGAAAGUCUCAAUGUUUUCCUUUGGAAAUGAUGGCAGGCUACGGUUAAACAUCAGUCCUGACACUGAAGGCUGUGUGAUUGACAUUCAGAUUACUGAUAAGGGAGAUGGCGCUUUUGUUUGUACGUAUGUUCCUACCAAACCAGUGAAGCACACCAUCAUAAUUACCUGGGGGGAGGUCAAUGUACCCAAGAGUCCCUUUAGAGUUCUUGUUGGUGAAGGCUGUCACCCCGACAAAGUGAAGGUCUUUGGGCCUGGAGUUGAGAAAACUGGCCUAAAGGCAAAUGAGCCCACCUACUUCACUGUUGACUGCAGCGAAGCCGGCCAAGGUGAUAUCAGCAUUGGGAUCAAAUGUGCCCCAGGUGUGUUGGGUCCAGCAGAGGCAGAUAUCGAUUUUGAGAUCAUUAAAAAUGAUAAUGACACCUUCACUGUCAAAUACAUGCCCCCUGGCCCUGGCUGUUACACCAUCAUGGUGCUCUUUACAGAUCAGGAAAUCCCCAAUAGCCCAUUCAAAGUCAAGGUGGAUCCUUCUCAUGAUGCUGGCAAAGUCAGGGCUGAAGGUCCUGGACUGAAAAAGACAGGCAUUCAAGUCGAUAUUCCAACCCAUUUCACCAUCUUCACGAAGGGAGCAGGAAAGGCUAAACCAGAGGUGCAGUUCAAAACUUCUGCCAAAGGAAAUGCUGUUAAAGAUUUUGAGAUCAUUGAUAAUCACGACUACUCCUACACUGUGAAGUACACUGCUCUCCAUCAGGGUGAGAUGGCUAUCAUGGUCACACAUGGCGGAGAUCCCAUUCCUAAAAGCCCUUUCAUGAUCACAGUCGCCCCUCCACUCAAUCCUGGCAAAGUCAAAGUUCAAGGCCUUAAUGAAAAAGUGGAAGUUGGAAAGGACCAGGAGUUUAUUGUUAGCACGAAAGGGGCAGGUGGACAGGGUAAGGUAAAUGUGACCAUAACCUCACCCUCUGUUAGACCAAUACCUUGUAAGUUGGAAUCAGACAAGACCAAAGAGGCCACCUGUGUGAAAUACAUCCCACCCGAAGAGGGUCAUUACAAGGUGGACAUCAGCUAUGAUGGGAACCCCGUUCCAGGAAGUCCCUUCGCUGUAGAGGGACUCAUGCCUGCCGAUCCCUCAAAGGUUCGUGCCUAUGGACCAGGACUUAAGGGUGGUGUUGUGGGUCAGCCUGCAGGGUUUACUAUUGACACGAAAGGAGCUGGUGCUGGUGGUCUGGGUCUAACACUGGAAGGCCCCUGUGAGGCUAAGAUUGAGUGCCAAGACAACGGUGAUGGGACCUGCUCUGUUGUCUACCUGCCCACAGAGGCUGGUGACUACAACAUCAGCAUCCUAUAUGGGGAAGCUCAUAUCCCCGGCUCUCCUUUUAAAGCUGUUGUCAAGCCAACUCUGGAUGCUGGCAAAGUUAUAGUGAGUGGACCCGGAGUGGAGCGGGCUAAAGCUGGUGAGGUGGCCACUUUCACAGUGGACUGCAGUAGAGCCGGGGAGGCUGAACUCACCAUUGAUAUUGUGUCGGACGCUGAAGGCUGUGUGAUUGACAUUCAGAUUACUGAUAAGGGAGAUGGCGCUUUUGUUUGUACGUAUGUUCCUACCAAACCAGUGAAGCACACCAUCAUAAUUACCUGGGGGGAGGUCAAUGUACCCAAGAGUCCCUUUAGAGUUCUUGUUGGUGAAGGCUGUCACCCCGACAAAGUGAAAGUCUUUGGGCCUGGAGUUGAGAAAACUGGCCUAAAGGCGAAUGAGCCCACCUACUUCACUGUUGACUGCAGCGAAGCCGGCCAAGGUGAUAUCAGCAUUGGGAUCAAAUGUGCCCCAGGUGUGUUGGGUCCAGCAGAGGCAGAUAUCGAUUUUGAGAUCAUUAAAAAUGAUAAUGACACCUUCACUGUCAAAUACAUGCCCCCUGGCCCUGGCUGUUACACCAUCAUGGUGCUCUUUACAGAUCAGGAAAUCCCCAAUAGCCCAUUCAAAGUCAAGGUGGAUCCUUCUCAUGAUGCUGGCAAAGUCAGGGCUGAAGGUCCUGGACUGAAAAAGACAGGCAUUCAAGUCGAUAUUCCAACCCAUUUCACCAUCUUCACGAAGGGAGCAGGAAAGGCUAAACCAGAGGUGCAGUUCAAAACUUCUGCCAAAGGAAAUGCUGUUAAAGAUUUUGAGAUCAUUGAUAAUCACGACUACUCCUACACUGUGAAGUACACUGCUCUCCAUCAGGGUGAGAUGGCUAUCAUGGUCACACAUGGCGGAGAUCCCAUUCCUAAAAGCCCUUUCAUGAUCACAGUCGCCCCUCCACUCAAUCCUGGCAAAGUCAAAGUUCAAGGCCUUAAUGAAAAAGUGGAAGUUGGAAAGGACCAGGAGUUUAUUGUUAGCACGAAAGGGGCAGGUGGACAGGGUAAGGUAAAUGUGACCAUAACCUCACCCUCUGUUAGACCAAUACCUUGUAAGUUGGAAUCAGACAAGACCAAAGAGGCCACCUGUGUGAAAUACAUCCCACCCGAAGAGGGUCAUUACAAGGUGGACAUCAGCUAUGAUGGGAACCCCGUUCCAGGAAGUCCCUUCGCUGUAGAGGGACUCAUGCCUGCCGAUCCCUCAAAGGUUCGUGCCUAUGGACCAGGACUUAAGGGUGGUGUUGUGGGUCAGCCUGCAGGGUUUACUAUUGACACGAAAGGAGCUGGUGCUGGUGGUCUGGGUCUAACACUGGAAGGCCCCUGUGAGGCUAAGAUUGAGUGCCAAGACAACGGUGAUGGGACCUGCUCUGUUGUCUACCUGCCCACAGAGGCUGGUGACUACAACAUCAGCAUCCUAUAUGGGGAAGCUCAUAUCCCCGGCUCUCCUUUUAAAGCUGUUGUCAAGCCAACUCUGGAUGCUGGCAAAGUUAUAGUGAGUGGACCCGGAGUGGAGCGGGCUAAAGCUGGUGAGGUGGCCACUUUCACAGUGGACUGCAGUAGAGCCGGGGAGGCUGAACUCACCAUUGAUAUUGUGUCGGAUUCAGGGGCUCAAGCUGAAGUUUGCAUUCAAAAGAACAAUGAUGGGACAUUUUCUGUCACCUACACCCCUCUCUUUCAUGGCGUACACACCAUCACCAUUAAAUAUGGAGGUCAACAGGUGCCCAAGAGCCCCAUACGUGUUCAGGUGGAGCCAUCUGUGGACACAAGUGGGAUUAAAGUGUACGGACCAGGAGUUGAACCCAGAGGGGUCCUUAAGGAGGUGACCACACACUUCAUUGUGGAUGCCCGAGCCCAGACUAAGACCAAAGGAAGAAAUCAUGUUAAGAUUUGCAUCAUCAAUCCAUCAGGCACAAACACAGAUGCAUAUAUCACUGAUAAGGGUGACGGCACAUACAGAGUGGAAUACACUGCUUUUGAGGAUGGUUUGCACCUGAUCGAGGUCUUUUAUGAUGAUGUUGCUGUUCCCAGGAGCCCCUUUAAGGUGUCAGUUGUGGAAGGUUGUGACCCAACACGUAUUCGAGCUUAUGGCUCGGGCCUGGAAGGUGGGCUAGUUAACAAACCCAACUGCUUCACAGUGGAGACAAGGGGCGCUGGGAUGGGUGGUUUGGGCUUGACCAUUGAAGGAGCAUCAGAAGCCAAAAUGUUCUGUAAGGACAACAAAGAUGGUAGUUGCAGUGUUGAAUACAUGCCUUUCACUGCUGGAGACUAUGAUAUUAAUAUCAAUUACGGAGGCCAGCCUAUUCCAGGCAGUCCAUUCCGGGUGCAGGUUAAGGAUGUGGUGGAUGUCAGUAAGGUGAAGUGCUCAGGUCCUGGACUUGCUAACAGAGUUACUGCACAUGCUCCACAAACCUUCACUGUGGACAGCAGCAAAGCAGGAGUGGCUCCUCUAGAGGUGCAGUUGUAUGGACCAAAAGGAACCCUGGAGCCUGUAGUUGUUAAAAACAACCGGGAUGGAACACAUACUGUCAACUACACCCCUGCACAGGAGGGGCCACACACUGUGUCUGUCAAAUACGCCAACCAAGAGGUACCUAACAGUCCAUUCAAAGUCAAUUCAGCCCCUACACAUGAUGCCAGUAAGGUGCGUGCUAGCGGGCCCGGUCUGGACACUAAAGGAGUGGCUGCCAGUCUUCCGGUGGAGUUUACCAUUGAUGCUUGUGAUGCAGGAAAAGGCCUUCUGACAGUUCAAAUCCUUGACCCAGAGGGAAAGCCAAAAAAAGCCAGCAUUCAAGACAAUAGAGAUGGAACCUACACUGUAUCUUAUGUGCCAGACAUGACUGGCUGCUACACCAUAACCAUUAAGUACGGUGGAGAUAACAUCCCAUAUUCACCUUACAAUGUCCAAGCCUUUCCCACUGGUGAUGCCAGCAAGUGCCUGCUCACAGUGUCUAUUAGAGGACAUGGUGUUGAAAGCCUUGGGCCCAAUAUUAAGAUCGCAGAAGAGACAUUCAUCACUGUGAAUGCCAAAGCUGCUGGAAAAGGGAAGGUGACAUGUACGGUUCUGACCACUAAUGGCAUGGAGCUGGAUAUGGAUGUUGCAGAAAAUCCAGAUGGCACCUUCGACAUAUAUUAUACUGCACCCGAGCCGGGAAAAUAUGUCAUCACAAUCCGCUUUGGAGGGCAACACAUUCCUAAAAGCCCUUUUCAAGUCAUGGCUACGGAUCAGCCUGUUGUACCGAGAGAUGACACAAAGCCCAUGUUUCAGCCGCUGAACUUAGUUAUCCCAUUCACUGUCCAGCAAGGAGAGCUCAGCGGGGAAGUGCGUAUGCCUUCUGGUAAGACAGCUCGACCUUUCAUCAGGGACAACAAAGAUGGAACAGUCACCGUGCAAUUUCAGCCUACAGAGAGAGGCCUGCAUGAAAUGGAUAUAAAGUAUGAUGGCAACCACAUCCCAGGAAGUCCUUUGCAGUUUUAUGUAGAUGUAAUGAACAGUGGAAUGGUCACAGCCUAUGGACCUGGUCUGUGCCAUGGGACAGUCAAUAAACCAGCCACUUUUACUGUUGUUACCAAGAAUGCUGGACAAGGUGGUUUGUCCCUUGCUGUAGAGGGUCCAUCUAAAGCAGAAAUCAGUUGUAAGGACAAUAAAGAUGGCACCUGCACUGUGUCCUACUUGCCCACUUCACCUGGCGAUUACAACAUCAUCGUCAAGUUUGAUAACAGUCAUAUUCCUGGCAGCCCCUUCACAGCAAAGAUCACUGGUGACGAUUCACUCCGAAGAUCUCAGAUGAACGUUGGCACGGCAGCAGAUGUCUCACUGAAGAUCACAGAAACAGACCUGAGCUAUCUGACAGCUAGCAUUAAAGCUCCAUCAGGAAAGGAGGAACCGUGCCUGCUGAAGAGACUGCCCAACCAGCACAUUGGUCUCUCGUUCACCCCAAAGGAAGUGGGGGAGCAUGAGGUCAGUGUGAGGAAGAGUGGGAAACACGUGAACAACAGCCCUUUUAAGAUUAUGGUAGGGCCAUCUGAAAUCGGGGAGGCCAGCAGGGUCAAGGCUUUUGGUAAAGGUCUCGUUGAAGCACAUACCUUUGAACUGGCCGAGUUCUUUGUGGACACUAGAAAUGCUGGAUAUGGAGGACUUGGAUUGUCAAUUGAGGGUCCAAGUAAAGUGGAUAUCAAUUGUGAGGAUAUGGAAGAUGGAACAUGUAAAGUGACAUAUUGCCCCACUGAACCGGGCAACUACAUCAUCAACAUCAAGUUUACAGACAAACACAUACCAGGAAGCCCUUUUACAGUGAAGGUAACAGGAGAAGGAAGGAUGAAGGAGAGUAUAACGAGAAAACGGCAAGCUGCCUCUGUUGCCUCAGUAGGCAGUGCAUGUGACCUAAACCUCAAAAUCCCAGGAAACUGGUUUCAGAUGCUGUCAGCACAGGAGCGCUUAACUCGUACCUUCACACGCAGUAGCCACACUUACACACGUACAGAACGCACAGAAAUCAGCAAGACCCACAGAGGUGAGACUAAGCGGGAGGUACACGUAGAAGAGAGUACACAGGCUGGCGGUGACCCUUUCAGCAAUGUUUUUGAGUCCUUACUGGGAAGAGAACGACUGGGUAGCUUUGGUGCAGUAAGGCAAGAGGCUGACACAGAGAUUCAGGGAAUGACAGCCCAGGUGACCAGCCCUGGUGGAAAUGUAGCCGAUGCAGAAAUUGUUGAUAGCGGGAACAGUACCUACAGAGUCCGCUUCGUACCUGCUGAAAUGGGUUCUCACACAGUCAACGUCAAAUACAGGGGUGAGCAUGUCCCUGGAAGCCCCUUCCAGUUCACAGUUGGGCCCCUUGGGGAAGGAGGCUAUCACAAGGUCCGGGCUGGAGGCACAGGCCUAGAGAGAGCUGUCGCAAAAGUUCCUGCUGAAUUCAGCAUUUGGACAAGAGAGGCUGGAGCAGGCGGUCUGUCCAUUGCUGUUGAGGGUCCAAGUAAGGCUGAAAUCUCCUUUGAAGACAGAAAAGAUGGAUCCUGUGGUGUUAUUUACAUUGUGCAGGAGCCAGGUGACUAUGAAGUUUCCAUCAAGUUCAAUAACGAGCAUAUCCCAGAUAGCCCCUUCAUUGUUCCUGUUGCUACAUUGUCUGAUGAUGCACGUCGACUUACUGUUACAAGUCUUCAGAUCAUAUUUAACACAUGCAAGGCUGGUUCAAGUGCCUUAUCUGUUACUAUUGACGGUCCCUCAAAGGUCAAAAUGGACUGCACUGAGUGUCUAGAAGGUUACAAAGUCUCUUAUACACCGAUGGCGCCAGGAAACUACCUUAUAUGCAUCAAAUAUGGUGGUCCACAGCACAUUGUUGGCAGUCCCUUCAAAGCAAAGGUUACAGGUAUGCGUCUGUCUGGAGGCCACAGUCUACAUGAAACUUCAUCAGUCAUUGUGGAGACGGUUACCAAAACCUCAAAGAUGGCAGGAGGUUUCAGCUCUCUGUCCAGCUCCAAGUCAACUUCAGAUGCCAGUAAGGUUGUAUGUCAUGGUGCCGGCCUCUCCAAAGCCUUCGUGGGUCAGAACACUUUUUCCGUUGACUGUAGUAAAGCAGGAACAAACAUGCUAAUGGUUGGCAUCCAUGGUCCUAGAACUCCAUGUGAAGAUGUGGCUGUUAAACACAUGGGAAACAAGCUUUACAAUGUAACCUACACAGUGAAGGAGAAAGGAAACUAUGUUGUUAUUGUCAAAUGGGGGGAUGAAACUGUACCAGGAAGUCCCUUCCAUGUGAGUGUUCCCUAAACAUGCUUAUACCUCUAGAUUUCCUAAUCAAGAAAAAAACAAACAAAACUACUGAAUCGAACAACAGUUGCUACAUUUAGGAGAGGAAAAAAAAACCCUAUAUAGAAGGUGCUGCCUUUUAUUUAAUGUUAACCUGUUUGACGCAAAUGCAUUUUAAUACUGUUUUGGAUGCCACAAUGUAGCAUUUAUCAUGAAAAGAGAGAAGAGUUGUAAUUAAUAAAAAGGAAUAAAGGAACAGUUCAAUUAAAUUUCAAUGAAUGCCACUUUUGUUUAAUCACCAAAAGAGGAAAUGUAUAUUUUACAGAGGGAGAUUUAUUGUUCUCAAGGGCACUUUUGUUGGUCAGGGGAAAUCAUAGCAAUAUGAUUUUGUGUUCUGACGUUUUCAACAGUGUAUAGAUGUAUCCAGUGCUUUUAUAUGCUUUAUAGAAUGUAAUUGUAUCUUA